UUGAAAUAGUUGCUCUCAUUGGGGAUGGCAGUCCGGCCAACAGCUCUGAACCUGAGGACUGUACAGGAGGGACGGUCCUCAUGAAUGGGAGUCAGAUCACAGCCUGUCUGUCUGUCUGUCUGUCUGUCUGUCUGUCUGUCUGUCUGUUUGUUUACUUCAGCCCAGAGGAAGAAAACAACAUCCACUCUUAAUCAGACUGAAUAUUUGAUGAGAGGAGCUCUGCGACAUGGAAAGCGGCUGUGAGACUGGCAGACCCUAGCAAGGAAAAGAGGUAAAAGGGCAAACCGGCGAGGAGGAACCAUCUGUGGUUGGUUAACAGAAGGCUCCUUGAUUCUGCAAUGCCAGAAGAAGCUAAUAAGGACGCCAUGAGAACGCCAGCGACCCCAGAGAAGGCCAACAACAACGAGCGUCCUGCAGCCCCCGUGACGACGGUGAACAUCCCCUUGGUCAAUGAAGUCCAGCUGACAGCAGCCACCGGCGGGACAGAGCUGUCCUGCUACCGCUGCACCGUCCCGUUCGGCGUGGUGGUCCUCAUCGCUGGCAUCGUGGUCACCGCCGUGGCCUACAGCUUCAACUCGCACGGAUCCACCAUCUCGUACUUCGGCCUGGUGCUCCUCUCGGCCGGACUGGUGCUCCUAGCGUCCAGCGUCGUCUGCUGGAAGAUGAGACUGGAGAGGAAGAAGGAGAGGCGGCGGGAGAGCCAAACCGCCCUGGUCGCAAACCAGAGGAGUAUUUUCACUUGAGCGACACAUACGCUGGUUCUCUGAGUCUGACUUUGAGAUUUGAUUUGGAGAACCAGCUGUGGACAGAUGUUGUCCAGCACGAGUUGGAUGAAAAAAUUCUUCGACCGCAAACUCUCAAGGCCCUGAACUUAAAGCUUUUGAAGAUGUUGAAAGGGAUUUAUUUGUCAAACAGACGUCGAGCAUCUGGCAAUCUGGGAACGCAGCCAAGAGGAAUGUAUCACAAUUAAGAUGAAUUACCACUGUGCUAAGCGAUGUAGAGGAAGUCUCCCAUUAAUCUGAUGUUGGAUGUGGCGGCUUUGAUUGUAAUGGGAGGGAUUGUGGUUUGAAAAGCCCAGGAAAGGAGAAGGAAACUGGAAAAUCCAGGACAAUCAUUCAUGCCUCAUUUACUAUGCUUCAACUUCGACAUAUCUGUUCAUGAAGUCUCAGUGUUUAUCUCACGGGGGAAAGAUUUCGAAUUCCCUGAUAUGGAAGUAUGGUACUGUGUUUGAAAUCUGCCAAUAUACUCAGUUCAGAUUAGAAGGCACAUGAUAUUAUACACACAGAGAAUAUUUAACCUUACACAUAUAUUCUCUUAAAGCACUUUGGUCCUUCAUAAUCAUCAUAUUCAUUAUUAAACUACGUCUAUUAACAAAUUCAGUAAGAUGCAUCUGAGAUUGUGACUUUUUAUCCAGUGUACUUCCAAAAAUACCAAAUGUUUUGUUUGGAUGUAAUCGUUUGCAUGUAUCAUCUGUUACCAAGACGUCAUGAGGUUGAAUAAACUCAUUAAUACGUAUGUAAUAACUUGGGAAGAACGA